AUGUCUUUACUGCAAUUGCCACUUGCCGGCAAGACGGCUCUGGUGACUGGUGGUAUCAGGGGAAUUGGGCGAGGCAUUUCCCUGGAACUUGCUCGCCGAGGUGCCAACGUUGCUAUGGUAUAUGCUAACCCGAGCCGUGCUGAGACCGCAAAGGAAGCAGUUAAAGAAGUCGCUUCGCUUAAUUCUGGCGCAAAGGCAGUCAGCAUUCAGGCAGACCUGAAGAUAUCCAGCAACUACCAAAAAAUCAUCGACGAAGCUCUGAAAGAGUUGGGUGUUCAAAACAUUGACAUUGUUGUUCACAAUGCGGCUUACGCCGCGCCCAUAUCAACCGAAGUCACAACGGAAGCGAUUUACGACGAUACGAUGGCGACAAACGUACGAGCCCCAUUUUUCCUCACGCAAAAGCUGCUCCCGUAUAUACCACGUGGAGGCCGUAUUAUCCUUAUCUCGUCCAUUGCAGCUAGACGGUUUUCGUUUGGAAUGAACCAGACUGCCUAUGCCAUUAGCAAGGCAGCGGUCGAGGCGUUAGCUAGAAAUUGGGCUGUUGAGUUUGGCCAAUCCCGCGGUAUUACUGUCAAUGCACUAUCGGUCGGGUUUGUUGAAACAGAAUUGGUGCAAAGCCUGUCCCCUGAGGCCCUGGAAGCCUAUCGCAAAGAAAACGCCCGUGUGACUGCGGCUGCCCCAAGGAGCGGCACGCCGGAUGAUAUUGCCCAGAUCGUGGCCUUCAUUGCUGACGAAGGGUCUCGCUGGGUGACUGGAAGUACCAUUUCAGCCAAUGGCGGGAAAUGGCCAAUUUAG